AUGCCUGGGCCUCCUUCCACCAUGUCCCUGCCGAGGCCGAGCAGGUGCUACCGCUGCUGCUCGUCGUCGACGCCGCCGCCGCCGAAGCAGCGAGCCGCGGAGAGCAAGCGGCGGCCUAUCCGCGGAGCGCGGCUGCUGCUGACCCGGAGGGCGCUGGCGGGCGCUGUGGCGACGGUGACGUUGGCGGUGGCGGGCCGUGCCAGGGCGGCGGAGGAGGGCGGCGAGGGGGUGGUGGGCGCGUUCAAGUCGCUGUUCGACCCGAACGAGGAGACCAAGGCCGGGAAGGUGCUGCCCAAGGCGUACCUGAAGGCGGCGCGGGAGGUGGUGCGGACGCUCCGGGAGUCGCUGGGGGAGGGCGACGCCGCCGGCGACUCGGCCAGCUUCCGCAGGGGCGCCGACUCCGCCAAGACGUCCAUCCGAGAGUUCCUCGGCGGCUGGAGAGGCCAGCCCGCCGUCGCCAAAGAGGAGUCGUAUGUGGCGCUGGAGAAGGCCAUCAAAUCGCUGGCGGAGUUCUACUCCAAGGCAGGGCCCUUCGCCUCGCUUCCGGGAGAUGUCAAAAACAAGAUCCUCGACGACCUCAACGCCGCAGAGGCCUACCUCUAG